GGAACGACGUCGUUGCACCCACCCAUUUCACAAACCCGAACCCAGUAGCGACUAAAGAGUAACAACAAAAGUGAUGUUGGCCGCUCUACGCUCCCGAUCGUCGUCCUCACUGCUUCUUCAACGAUGGAGGCUAGGGUUUCCAUCUCUGCACCAGGCCUUCUCCUCCUCCGCCGCCAAGGAAGGCCUGCUUGAUCUCCAGGAGGUCGAGACGGUUCUCAGCGACGUCAAGGCCGACGACGUCAAGGUCAUACCGGCGAACAAGCACUGCGAGUGGGCCGAUUUCAUGGUCCUCGCCACCGGAAGGUCCACCUGGCACGUCAAGAACAUCGCCCAAGCCCUAAUUUAUAAGUCUAAGCAAAAGCAGAAGGGAGCUCAGCGCUUGGUGCUUCCCACUGUUGAAGGGCAAGAGGGAGGAAAGUGGAUUGUCAUCGACUCUGGGAAGGUGAUAGUUCAUGCUCUUGAUGAGAAUGCUAGAGCUUACUACAAUUUGGAGACUCUUUGGACAACAAAGCCAUCUGAGAGAGAACCAAUUCAGGGCAUAUAAACACAAACAAGCACAGCAACUUGAAUUUAUGACAGAGCAAGUUUGGAUUGGCAAAAUAGUUUGAUAUCUGUGUAAUAGGUCUGAGACUGAUUUUCAUGUUCCUUUGGGUUAUGAAGUUUUUAGAAGUCCUGGGUAUUCUAAUUACUUGUCCUUAACUAUCAGAUGGCAUAAAUAGAUUUAUAGCGUACAAAUUUAAAAGAGAAAUAGUUCUAUUGGGUUCCCCUGGCAUUGGAAAGCUGGAGGUGAAGUUCUCAUAUUGCUGGUCAAACUUAGUUGUGUUCUUCAUCAGGUUUUGCAAUCUGGGGAGUUUAGAGGGGAUAGACUUGCUAGUGUAUUAAAGUGAUUUGAUCCAAUUUGUUUAUUUAACCUCAUUUUGUAAAGGCUGAUUGGUUUUGAAUUUUAAAGACAUUUAGACGAGACAUUAUAUGCA